AUGUUCCCGGCUCCGCCUCCUGUGCCCAUGAUCCCGGCCCCGAUGAUGGUGGGUCGCCUCCAGUUUGUGUCCGUGGGCAAGGAGAACAUAGCCACGGAGCUGGAAAGAAUUAGAGAGCUCCUCCCAAGGUACCGCUAUGUUGCCAUUGAUACCGAAUACCCUGGCACAAUCCAUGGCACGCCGGCAGGGGCCGCACUCACCCCGGCGGCACGCUACUAUGCGCUUGUCAAGGCAAAUGUCGAUGAGAUCCCCAUCCUACAGCUCGGGCUGACCCUCUGCGAUGAGGAAGGCAACCUCCCCAUCGUCAUGGACAGCGAUGGUGGGCCCCUACAGCUUGCCUGGGAGUUUCACUUCUCAGACUUUGACAUUGCCCGCCACCCCCACUCUAUGGAGUCCGUCUAA